GAUCACCCCAUAAUAGGUUGAUUAUUCCACACCUACAGGACUGGUCUGCGUCGAGUCAAUAAUACAAGGGGUGGCAGGGAGGGACAGAACAACAACAAAGAUGGCGUCGACCACAGGAGUUCUGGGGGACUUUCCGUGUUGGGGAUUAUUACCCAGGAAGGAGACUGGGGUGAUAAGCUUCCUCAGUAAGAAUCCAAACUAUGAUGGCCGUGGUGUUGUCAUCGCCAUCUUUGACUCUGGUGUGGAUCCUGGGGCGCCGGGCCUGCAGGUGACAACAGAAGGGAAGGUGAAGGUGAUUGAUCGCAUUGAUGGGUCAGGGGCCGGGGAUGUGGACACCUCAACUGUGGUCACACCAGUCGACGGCACCAUCACGGGAGUCAGUGGCCGGAAACUGAAGAUCCCCGAGACAUGGGUGAACCCCUCGGGGAAGUAUCACAUAGGAGUGAAAGGCAGCUUCUCUCUGUACCCCAAGCAGUUGAGGGAGAGGAUGACCAAGGACAGGAAGGAGAAGACUUGGGACCCCCUCCACAAGGAACUGCUGGCUGAGGCACAAAGAAAGGCAAUAGAGAACCAGAAGAGUAAUGGCAGCAGCAGUAGUGGCACAAAUGGCAAUGGCAGUGGUGGUGGGGGUGGAAACAGCAGCACCAGCAGUAACUUGUUGGAGAAGCUGGGGAAGGAGGAUGCCGAGUCAAGAGUGUCGCAACUUAACACUCUGGAGAAGAAGUACAGUGACCUGGGCCCUGCGUAUGACUGUGUGGUGUACCAUGAUGGGCAGGUUUGGAGGGCGUGCAUUGAUACCUCUGAGUGUGGGCAUCUGGCGUCAGGGGUGCAUCUGGGGGAGUAUCGUCUCACCCACCAGUGGUCUGCCCUCACCCAGAAUGACCACUACACUGUCUCCAUCAAUGUGCACAAUGAUGGAAACCUGCUGGAGAUUGUUGGCAUGUGCUCAAGCCACGGCACACACGUUGCAUCCAUCGCCUCGGCAAACUUUCCUGACAAUCCUGAGAAGAAUGGUGUGGCUCCAGGUGCUCAGAUCGUCUCCAUUACUAUAGGAGACAACCGCAUCACUGGCAUGGAGACGGGCACAGCUCUGGCACGGGCAAUGAUGCGAGUGAUGAAGAACCCUCACUAUAAUGUGGAUGUCAUCAACAUGAGCUACGGGGAACACGCCCACUGGUCUGACUCCGGACGCCUCGGGGAGUUGGCACACGAGGUGGUGAACAAGUACGGGGUGAUCUGGGUGGCAUCGGCUGGCAACCACGGCCCGGCUCUUGCCACAGUAGGGGUGCCACCUGACUUCCAGAGUGACUCCAUCAUCGGGGUGGGAGCAUAUGUCUCGCCGGAUAUGAUGAUGGCAGAGUACUCCAUGAUUGAGAAGCUGCCAGGCUGCCCCUACACAUGGUCAUCUCGUGGUCCAACAGAGGAUGGUGCACGAGGAGUGACAGUGUGUGCACCAGGAGGAGCCAUCACCUCUGUACCCACCUUCACCCUCAGGAGUAAUCAGCUUAUGAAUGGGACAAGCAUGGCCUCCCCUCACACGGCAGGUUGUGUAGCUCUAAUCCUGUCAGCUCUGAAGCUCAAGUCCAUUCCAUACUCCCCAUACUCCGUCCGUCGCUCAAUACAAAACACUGCCCUACACUUAGACAUUGAUGUUUUCGCUCAGGGACAUGGCCUAAUACAGGUAGAGCGUUCGGUAGAACACCUGAUCCAGCAGGCCGGUGGAGUCGAAGACAAAGUAAGAUUCGCUGUAGAGUGUGGAAGUGAGCGGAAGAAGGGAAUCCACAUCCGCAACUGGAAGGCAGACAAGCCCAUGGAUGUGUCAGUGGCGGUGGAGCCUGUGAUGCUGAAUGACACAGAGGCUGACCCCAAUGAGAAGCUGUCGUUCUGCAUGGAGUUGGUAAUGACAUGUGAUGCUCCAUGGGUGAAGGCACCAGGCUGUCUGCAGAUGGCAUACACCAUUAGGUCCUUUCAGGUGAGCAUAGAUCCCCGUGGUCUGGAGCGUGGCCGGGUGUAUUUCACCUCCGUCAAGGCCUACAAUGCCAGCAAUGUUGAGAAAGGCGUCAUGUUCGAGGUGCCCAUAACCAUUGUUGUCCCCUUCGUUGAACUGUACCAUGGCUACCAGUAUUCAUGUCAAGCUGAGGUGUUCCGGGCAGGACACAUCCGCCGGCACUUCAUAUAUGUGCCAAUGGAGGCAACGUGGGCCACAGUGUCCCUCAAGGCCUCCCACUCGGACAAGUGCCAACGUUUCACUCUUCAUGCUGUUCAACUCAAGCCUAAGAGUAGUGUUAAGACGCUAGAGUAUUAUAAGGUUACCAAUCUUGGGUGUAAUGAGACCAGCAGCCAUGUGUUCAGCGUACGAGGCGGCUACACGCUGGAGGUGUGCUUGGCCCGGUGGUGGUCCAGCCUGGUGGAUGGUCAAGUGCAGGUCUUCGUUGAGUUUCACAGUCUGCGGCCGUCACAGGAAGAGGUGACUCUGUUCUGUAGUGACGGUGUGCAGCGUGUGGACGUGUGGUCUGGACUCAGGAAUGAGGAGAUGAGUCCUCAGGCCACUCUCAAGCACCAUGCCCAGGUGUUGAUGCCAACAGAAAGCAAGGUGGAGGUGCUGGGUGGGGUGAGGGACACUAUCCCAGAGUCUCGACCAGUGUACCAGCUCAUCCUCUCGUACUCCCUCUCCCUCUCUAAGCAGGCUGAGGUGACCCCCAAGUGUUCCAUGCUGAGUGAUGUGCUGUACGAGUCCACCCUGGAGUCCCAGCUGUGGAUGCUGUACGAUCACAACAAGCAGCUAAUAGGGUGUGGAGAUGCCUACAGCAAUAAGUACUCCCUCAAGCUGGAGAAGGGCGACUACACCAUCAGACUUCAUGUCCGUCAUGAGAGGCCUGACCUCUUGGAGAAACUGUCUGACCUGCCCCUCACUGUCCUCACCAAGCUGACUCAGGAGGUCAAAUUAGAUGUGUAUACAAGUUUCAAUGCUGCAGUAGCUUCAGGAAAGAAGGCUCAAACUGUCACAAUGCCCCCAGGAACCUGCCAGCCCAUCUACCUCACUGCUCCAAGCCUCUCUGACAAGAUCCUGAAAGGCCUUGGGCUCACCCCAGGCCAGGCCCUUUUAGGUACCCUGUCAUUUGCCAAGGAUGAACAAGUGCGGAAAGCUGUAAGUAGCCACAAGUUUGGGCCCAUACGUACCAUGCCGGACCAGUACCUGCUGCGAGUGGUGGUCACUGAGCUGCCAUGUAAGAAGCGCAGUGCCAGCAACAGCAACUCGGAGGAGAAGAAAGAAGCAAAGACCUACUCUGAGUAUCUGGAAGCACUAAGGGACCUACAGACAGCUUGGAUAUCAAAGCUUGACAAUGAAAAUGGGGAACAGCUGUACAAGGAGGUGAUGUCAGCCCACCCAGACCACCUGGCUGCCCAGCUGGCCCGCCUCCAGGCCCUAGAUGCUGGUGGUGCACAGAACAGGGCUGCUGUCAUUGCCCAGGCCACCAAGAUUGUGUCAGCAGUGGACACAUCACCUCUGCUGGCCUUCUACGGCACCAAAACUGACACUCGAUCUGAUGCUGCCAAGUACAAGACACAGAUGGAUAAGCAGCGCAACACCCUGCUGGAGGCUCUCUCCCGUCAAGGAUCUGCCAUCUGUGCUGAUGUGCUCUCAGCCUCACCUUCAGAAGCAGCACCAGAUGUUCUUGAGCAGCUGGACACUAUUGCUUCUGAUAUCAUGAAGUUUGUAGAGCCAACUGACUCUAAGGUCAGUGGGUUCUUCAUCAGCUACUACAGAGUUCGCAAGUUUGAUGGUCUUGCACUGCGCCUAAUUUCCCGUCAGUGUGAGGAGAAGUGGACUCGUGAGAAUGAGGCCAAGCUGACAGAGGCAUACAGUCGCUUGGGCUGGACACAUAUCUCCUCCCUCAUUACCAGUUCCCACCCACUGCGUUUCCGCACCAACUAUGCACCAUUCUAAAGAGUGCCCAUGGACAUGAACACAGCUUUGCUCCAGCCACUCUGGUUUUGAAAUUGGUCCAUUAAAUAUGUAUUGUAGUCGUAAGAGAAAUUUAAGUCGCACCCAGUGAUGCAUCCACUCUUUACUAAGUCACCCUGGCAUUGCUCCUUUUGUGAAGCCUACAUUUGAUCUGGUAUAUUAUUGUUGUUGAGUUUUUUGUUGAUAUUUGUCCUUCUCAUUCAGUUGUUGACUCACUGAAUGCUACCAAGGCCCAUUUCUGGUGCAUUUAGAAUGGUGAUUCAGCUUGCAGGCCUUUUUAUGCCACAUAGUUUAUAUCUUAUCUUUCCUGUCUUUUCAUUUCCUUCAAUGAUUGCACUGAAUCACCAUUUUCUUUGUUAUUGUUUACAUAUUUUCAUGUUACAUCCUUGACCACUGUUAUCUCUUCACAUGUUACUCAGUGGGGACAGAGAGGGAGCACUGCCAGGCACGUGCAGAUCCUUUGGUGCUGAAUCUGCAUAGUGGUGGAGGCUGGCUGUGGUUUGGCUCAGCCUCUGCUUAUCCUGGUCCUUGUGGCCUAGAUUUUUCUCUCUGAGCUGUUCAGGAUUGCACUCAAUUUCCCUCCUCAUAUGUGUUAUUAGAAGCGCCUCUAAUACUGUGUAUUAGAAUUCAUGUUUUAUGAUCAGAGAGGCACAGAGUGAAGGCUGCUGCUCCUUGUGCCUGCUGGUCUAUUUGGCGGGGGCAACCACAAUGCUUGUGUGGUCAGUGCUGUUACCUACUGGAAGAGCACUGACCAUGGUUUCUUUUGUUACUUUGUUUUUCCUGUAUGGAAUCUCUCUCUCUCUCUCUCUCUCUCUCUCUCUCUCUCUCUCUCUCUCUCUCUCUCUCUCUCU